AUGCUGGUUACCUACUCGGAAGCCAGCCGGGACCUUUUCGAGACGGACUCAAUUCUUUUUGGCGCCGCACUGGCAGUCUGCCGUAUUAUAGGUGCCACACUUUCCAAGGCUGGACGCGCUACUGGACAAAGUAGUGCUAUCCCAGCCUGGAGAAUCAGAAUUGAAGAACGUAUCGCAAGGGCUAGGGCCCUCAUCGGCAGACUGAUAUGCUUCAGGUCAGGCAAUACCAGGCCAAGGAUUGUGCGCACCGUCAGGAUGGCGUUUGCUGGGACAAAUGUUAGUUUGUCCCAGCCGGAUAUAACGCAAAAACUGACGGAGCGCAUAGACGACGUGAAGCAAAGAAUCGCUGCUUGGGGAAAGCGAAUUCGGCGAUAUACCGAGAGGUCGACACGGUUCAACCAGAAUCGUCUCUUCCAGAGUGAUCAGAAGAGGCUCAACAAAUCAUUGGAGCGACCAAUAGUAAGUGGAACGGGCGCAUCACCAAAUCAGGCCGACACGGUCGCAUUCUGGCGCAGCCUGUGGUCAGAGCCCGUAAACCACAACGAGGGCCCUUGGACGGAAGUUGUGGUGAGUCAGUGUACGGGUAUUACGCCCAUGGAUCCCGUCACCAUAACGCCGGAUGACGUAGCUGAGGCGGUCCGUAGGUCCCCGAACUGGAAAAGUCCGGAGCUCGACGGGCUGCAUCAUUACUGGCUGAAGGGGUUCGUAGUGUGUCACGCUGUGCUCGCCGACAGUAUCAAGAGGCUCUCGAUCAGAAGUCGCUCCCGAGCCUCUUCACUACUGGGAUCACUCACUUGGUUCCUAAAGAUCACGAUACCACAGACCCGAGCAAAUACCGCCCCAUCACGUGUCUACCCACUAUAUAUAAGACACUGA